AUGGUCAGUACUAUAAAAAAGCCAGAGGCAGAAAAUAAACAGUUGCUCAAACAAGUCACAUCAGGUGGAGAUAGCAAGGAAAACAGCAAAGAACAGUCGCCCAAACAAGUUAACACAGGUGGAGAGAACAAGAAAAGCAGUGCAGAACAUUUGCAUAAACAAAACAAGUUAGAUGGAGCUAACAAAGAAAAUAGCACAAAACAGUCACCUAAACAAGCUAAACCAAGCGGAGACAAUGAGAUAGAUAAUAAUGGACAGACAGUUAGUUUCUCAGUCUUGGCAGAUAUUUCAGCGACUGGAGACGAUGUUCACUCAGGAGCCAGCAGUUCGAAGAAUCAGACUAAUGGAGACAAAAUUGAAAAACAAGUUGAGGAUGCAGAGCACAGAGAUGUGAAAGAAUUACCAUCUGCCAAAUCAGCAAAAAAGGUUGUUAAAAAGAAGAAAAAUACAGAUUUCAAAGUUAAACCUGCAGCAGAUGAUCAGACAGAUUGUCCGAGCAACAAGAAUGGUGAAAAAGAAAAGAUCAGACAGCAGAAGGAAGGUGAUGUCCCUAAACAGAAAAGACCAAAAGAAAAGGUGCCAAAAGAGAAAAAAGAUGUGAAAAGCAAAGAACCCAAAAUGACACUACCAGUGAGGUCCUUGACAGAUGAGGAAUACAGUUCCAUAUUUGAAGCUGCUAUAGAAAAUGCAAUGAAUCUGAAUAUUGAUGAAUGGGUACCAAAGGUAACAUCCCCAGUUAAGGUAAAGGAACCCACCAAGAAGAAAUACGGUAUAACAGUUGGCAAAAAAGUGAGCAAGUCCACAGAUCAGAAGAUUCCACAGCACUGUCAGGAGUCUUGUCCUAAGCAAGAUGUACAGAUAGUUGGAAGUACUGAAGUUGAAGAAAUAGAUAAACAUGGACAUGGGAAAAGUGGGGAUGUUGAAGAACACAUUGAUGAAAACAACCUUGCUCCAGAAGAGGAGGGGGAAAUAGAUGAAGCUGACGAAGAGAUUGUUGUUGGUGAUAUAGAUGAAGUUGAACCUGUUCAAGAAAGUGCACAACAAGAGAAUGAGACAACACCUGUUGGAAGCGAGGUAGAUGUAGGUGAAAAGCAACCAUGUGUCACAACACCUAUAAAAAAGAAGAAAUUGCCAAAGGUCAACAAAAACCCAAAACUUGAACCAAAGCAGCUUCCUUUUGAAGGAAAAUCCAAAAUAUCUAUGGUCGAUAAAGUCAAACAAAUGAAAAAAAUAAAGAAAGAUAAACAAGAAGUCCGUACCAAGAAAAGAAAACUGGACCAUGAAAUGAAAAAACAUACUUCAGAGAAGGUGGAAAGAAAACAGUUUAUCUCAUUGGAGGAUGGGAAGAGAAAAAAGCCAUCAGAGAAAAAAAUCAACAAGAGACAGAAAAUGCAGGACAGAGAGCUAGAAACGAAUGGCACAUGGGUGCAGUGUUGCAACUGUACCUGCAUGAAAUGGAGAUACCUGCCCGACAUCAGUGAUCCAACAUUAAUACCUGAAAGAUGGACCUGCAGUAUGAAUCUGAACAAGGAAUGCAACAGUUGUGACAAGGCAGAAGAGGUGUAUGAUGAGAGUGAACAUAUCUACACCAAGUUUGCUGAGGGUUCUGUUGUCUGGGCUAAGAUGACUGGAUAUCCUUGGUGGCCGGCUAUGGUAGAGAUUGACCCAGAUGCAGAGACCUUCUUUAGUAUUGACUCGGAUGAUUCUAUGAUUCCAACCCAUUAUCAUGUUGUCUUCUUCGAUGAGCAUGUUUCCAGAACCUGGGUGAAAGCUGACCAUGUGAAAAUGUUCACUGGCAGUGAAGAGAAUGAUGGUAUAUUAUAUCAGGUUUCAAAGAAAAGAUCAUCAUAUAAAAAAGACAUAACAGUAGCAAAGAAAAAUGCUCUCAGGGCUUUGAGCUGUACAAUUAAGGAGAGGAUAGAACUGUUUGGAUUUGCUGCGAGGUAUAAGGGGCCAUGGAGUUCAAAAUGUAAAGCAGAUAAACAUAAGAAUUCAAAACACACACCCAGACAGAAGUCCACAGAUGUACAGGAAGCUUAUCUAGAUGAUAGUACGAUGGAUGAGGUACUAGAAAACACAGAGGCUCUACUUGAUAAUGUAGAGGAAAUGCUAGAUUCCCUCAACAGUCAGAUUGAUGAUUCAGAUGCCGAUUCUGACUUUGUGCCUGAUGAAUUAGUUAUUGUUGAAACAAAAAGAAAAGACACGGCCAGAAAAUCUUCAGUUGGCAGUCCAGGAACAAGUGAGUCAGGGAGAAAGAAGGUGAAAUUUUCUAAGUUGAAUUCAGAAACAGACAUUGCAACUUCUGAUAAUACAACAAGAAAGGAGAAGCAAGAGCAAAGAAAAACAAACAAAAAUAUUAAGUCUGAAGUUUCCAAAGAGGGAAGUACAGUAACAGUUGCCAAAAUGAGUUUGAAAUUGGAUAGUGAUAUUUUUACCAUGGAGAUGAACAGUCAGGAUGACAACUUUAUUGAAAGACAUGAUGCUGGUAAAGAUAGUGCAAACGAAAUCAAUAAAAAAUCUGCAAACAAUAUUACAAAUAAGGUGGAAAAGAAGGAAGAAAAUGAAUACCUUGAACAUGUUCCAAAGUCAAGAGCAAAUACCAAAAAGAGGAAGGAAAAGGGACAGUCAGAGUGUGAUCAGCCAAAAGUUAAAGUGAAGAAGCAGAAAAAGAUAAAAGGUGAAGAAGUGGGGAAGCCAGUUGCAGGGACAGUAAAUGACUUGGAUAAAGAUGCUGUAGACAAUCUUCAUAAUUUGUUGAAGCACAAAGUUUCAAAUGAAAAUGAUAUAAAUAAUAACAAACAAAAAUUUGAAGGGCAAAAUCUAGAAUCUAAUAACCAUGAUAAUUCUAUGAAACAAGUAGUUGUUGAGGAAGAUGUUCUUAAUCAGAAUGAAAGGAAAGUUAAUGAACAAGAAGAUUCAAAAUCUCAUGCAGCUAAUUCAGUGGAGGAAUUUUACAAUAAUACUGAUAAAGGUGAAAAUGAAAAAGUUAAAGAUUGUGAUGGAAACAAAUGUGAUAUUGAAGCACAUUACAAAGAUAUAGAUGCAAAGGAGUUUUGUAGUCAAUCAAAAAAGGAGACCGGCAGUGAUACUGAAGCUGAAGUAGAUUUAAUUGAAAAGGAUGACAAAAACAAUGAAAGUAACACUAUAGAAGAAAAAGGAGAAAAAUCAGCACAUAUGGACCAUGUCAGCCAUUAUGUUGGUUUAGAUGAUGAAAUUGAUCUGAAUGAAAUUGAAAAUGAUGCUGUUCCAGAUUUAGAUAGGAUAGAAGCUAAUGUAGGAUAUGAAAGAAAUCCUGGACAGAGUCUGGAAGAUGCAUCUGAUAGUGAAUUUGAUCUGGAAGAACAUUACAUGUAUGAAACAGUUACAGAUGGGUCUGAUAAAGUUAGAGAGAGGGGGGCUUUAAAUGCUCAAUCAAAUGUAGCAGAAAUUGAUGAAGACAGUGAUCCAUUUGAUCUGAUGGAAGAAUAAUGUUGGAGUUCAUGUCACUAGUCUUGUCUUAGUUAUUUUUAUCUGUAAAGGUAAUGAUGAAGCAUGUGCCAUAUAUAUGCUUUUUUAUGUGCCAUUUUUAAUGCACAUGGAUCCAAGAUAUUUUUCAAUAUUCAUUUGAUGUACAUGAAAACUGAAGUUAUGUAGUACCUAGACAAGCAAUAUAGAGCCGUUGUGUUCCUCUUGUAAAAUGAUACAGAGGAUGAAAUAGCAAUAUGCAGGUUUAUGGCAAUAACCACACAACACAGUAAAAUAUACAUGAUAUUACAACAUAUGUACAGGACUUUUCAUUGGGCAAUUUGGAAAUGGCAUUGUCUUUCAAAUUAGGAAAUUCACAUGCAAUAACUGCCUGUUUCUGGGGGAAAAAUCCAUUUUAUAGAAAGAGAAUAGUGUACCGAUUUAAACAGUAUUUUCAACUAUGUAAUUAAAUACUUUGUUUUCAAGACGGUUACAAAUACAUUUACAGCUUCAUGUCCUGUUUUUACUCAUUAUUUAGCUAGCCAAUAAAUAAUUUUCAGCCUCAAGUACUUAACAUUUCUUUACAGUACAAUGAAACAAUGUUUCUUUUAUAUUUUUCUUUUUAAACAGGCAGAUGUUUAAUCAACUUACUUUUAUAAUUUUUCAUUCAUUUGACUAUUUUAAAGCAAAUUCAUCCUAAUUCAACUUCAAAAGUCAUCACCAAAAACAAAUAUUGUAAAAACAGAAUGAAAAUGAUCUCCCUUAAAAGCAGAGGCUAAAACCUAAACCAUGAAGCAUAAGGGGUUAGACUGACUUACGCAACUCGUGCGUGGUUGUGCUUGAAGAAAAAACGAGUCAAAACCAUCUUUUAAAGAGGAAAUGUUAAGAUGUAAAACAACCUGUUAAAUAUUUUGGGAAACAUUAAUAGAUUUUUUUUGGAAGUUUCUCUGCCACAAAUACAAAAAGUAAACUUUUUUUCAAUUUUAAAGUAUCCAAACAUUGGCUCUGUUAUAUGUAUGGAUAAAAAGUGCUGAUCAAUAUAUGUUAUCAAAUUAAAAUUGGUCAUCCCACAGAUAGACACUUUUAUUAGACAGUAAUUUUUCCACACAGAAGUGCUGUCCAUGGCUAGUAAUGAAUCCUGUAUUAAAAAUCCAUACAUGUAUGUAAUUUCUUAAACAGGAAGUGCUAUAUAAUUCAACACUAAAAGAAAAGAUUUUUAGAUGAUCCAUAAAUUUUAUCAUGCACCCUCAUAGUUUUUUUUAUACAUAUAUAGUAAAAGUGUCUUUGUUUUGUAUUUAUGGAACUAUUAUAAUGCAAAGAAUUUUAUUUUUUCUGUUUUCCAUGUGAAUGAUGACCUCUGUCCAGUGUCCAGAGACUCAAAGGGCAUUUAGCAUCUUACUUUAUUUAAAUGUUUGCAACUUUUGUUGUUUCAUGAACUGUGAUAAAAGUUUGAUUACUGAAGAAUAUUGUUGUUUGAAUGUGAUAUGCUUUUUUGUUGUUUGCUGUAUUUUUUUUUAAAUAUUUGAAAAUAGAUGUUUUUCUAUCUAGGUAUCUUCGAUUAAGCUUUUAGAAAUCUGAAAUGUAAAUGCAACUGCUUUUUAUAUGCAAUUCUUUUGACCUCUUGAUAUAGAAAUAAGAGGAAAAUAGGAAUAAACUAUCAAUAAUAAUUAUAGUGCAUUUCAAGCUACAUGCCCACAGUUUGGGUGAAAAUUUUCAACAUGUUCAUUUUCAUCUGGUUUGGCGUAGAAUGUAUAUAUGACAUUGAAAAAAUCUUGCAUCAAUAAGUUUGCACUACUAGUAACUUUCAGAAUACUCACUUUUUAUGGAUUUUUGUGAGAAAUUAUUUUUCGCCUAAAAUGUGUGGGUUAGUCCCUUUAAUACUUUAAUAUCAAAGGUUUGAAAGAAAAAAUAAUCAUGUUUUGAAGAAUAUCUAAUACAAUACUGAUUUUAUGCAUAUCAAAGCCAAAUUCAUUUAAUCGGCUUUCUUAUUCAAAAGUUUUGGUGCAUAAAAAAUGAAGAAAUAUUGCUUUCAAAGUUUUACAUUUUUUGUAGGUAGAGGAGGCUGUUGCUAAGUGAGAUAUUGUGAAAAGUUUUAAAACAAUCCAUGAAGAAAUAAAUCCAAUAUUUGAAUUUUAAAACUUGCUGGUGUCCGAAAUGGCUUGAAUUUACAACGAAAAAUACCCUUUUUGAAGAUAAAGUCAAAACCAUUUGAUUUUUUGGAAAAAUUGAAAAGUACAUGUUAUCGUCUUUGCAGUUCUUUACAGUGUUUCAUAAUAUGAAUUGUAUUGUCAAGGAAAACUGAUGUUGUGGAAAAAAACAUAAAUAUUUGUAUACAUUUACAUAAUACAAGUAUUAUUACCAUAUGAUCUUCAUAGCUAUGAAAGUUAUUAAAGAGCUGAACACCUGAUGGACAGAGAAAAUUAUGUAAAACAGAUAUCUCUAAUUUGUUUGUGCUUGCAUUUUAUACAUUUUCAUAACAUGCUGACAGAUUAUUUUUUGUUAGAGAACAAAUGCACAUAGAACCAAAUGAGUACUUAUACACGGAUACAGUAUCUGAUGUUUUGGAAGAAUUUAUGGCCAUCAAACAUCUGUGACAUUAAUAUAAUCUUUGAUGAGAUUUACAUGAACACACUCAGUUUGUUGUUAAGUAUUUUAUGAACUGAUAAUAUGUUGUUGUUCAGUUAAAUAUUUACUAUUAAAUUAUAUUGUUAAGUUCAUUA